UAUCAUAUUAAGAAAACAAAAAUAAGUAUCAAGAGCAGCAAUUUACCUUCAGUGUAUGACAAUGGCGAUACUGAACUACAUAUCGGCUGCUUCAACAACACCACCAAUAUCUCAAGAUUCAUCAACACCACCACAAUCUGCUCCAAACCCGAGACCCACCAAGAUAAUUUUGCCCAAGAAGAAGCCAUUGAAAUGGUCGACAGGUGUGGCACCUGGCGACUACGGCGGCCCACCCGCCACCACGAAGCUGCGAAAGUAUUGGGGAGGAGAAGAAGAAGACCCAAUAACCUCUGAUGAAUUUAUAUGGAACAAAGAUUUCAUGGGUCGGAUGAAGAGAUUAAUUCAGGAUUCAGAAGUUUCUUCUCCGGAGUCAGUUCCAAUUAAGGAAGAGCCUUCUGGUUUUCUGAGCUUAAAUAGAGUUAUGAGCCUUGACAGUCUGGAAGUUGACUUGAGCAAAGAACUUACAACUCUGUCAAAGCCUGUGUUAGAGCAGCAUGAUGAUGUUGCACCUCGACAGAGUAGUGGGAGCCUGUCUCGUAAAUGGAAGUUGGUUCCAACACGUCGUGAACAAGAGAAGUGGGAUAAAGCAAGUAAGGCUGCUACUGGUGGCAGUGUAAGUUGUUAGCCUAUCCUACAUGUU